AUGAUGAUAAAAUUACUUCCAACUGCACUCUUGUGUUUUAUACUAAUUUCUUUUGUAUCCUCAACUGAACUAGAGGAUGCCAAAGAGAUAGCUACCAAUUUUGCAAGUCAUCUAAGAGCUUCUUCCAGUGAUGAACUUCAUGAUAUCAUUGCCCCUGGGGCAACAUUCUACCAUAAAAGGCGGUUAAAUAAACCAGAUUUCCUUAAAAAGGUGGAACGAGGCACCUACUCGGAUUUGCAAUUCUCUACAUAUGAUCCUAUAGUCACCUUCAACUUGGCCAUGACAACAUUUAAGAUCAGCUUCAUGAAUGGUUCAAGGUUAUCAUUCAGUGUAGAUCUUGGGUACGCGCAAAACAGGUUGAGUAUCACAUCUGGAAGCUUCUAA